UUUUUAAUAUAUAAAAAAAAGAAAAUGAAAAUAAUCACAAAUAAAAAAUAAUUCGCUUUUUUACUCUUUUAUGAUGUUUAUAGAACUCAUACCAGAAAGGAUCAUUGUAGGAUGCGUGGUUGUGCUCAUUACCCCUAUGAAUCUGUUCCUCAUUUCACUCUAUGUAAACUAUUACUUUGCUUGUACAAUAAAACCAGGCUAUACACCUGAAGGAUGGGUAAGCCAAAUCUCUUUCUUUAUCUGUGAUACCAAUCAAGUACAAUACUUAGAACCUCCUCAUGCCAUCAUUGAAUCGAUAGACGAUGAUUUAUUAAAGAGUGGCAUCACAGGUCUUCCACUCAAACCUCCUCGAGCCCAUCAUUGUCGUCAUUGUGGUCAAUGUGUCUUACGUUUUGCCAACUAUAGUUACUUUGUUCGGUUCGUGUUUUCUGUCAUGAUCUGUUGUUCCUAUGGCUGUUUCUUGCUACUCUGGCGAUUACAGCUAUUUAAGAUAAUCCACCCUUCUAUGCUUGAACUAGUGAUAGUUGUGUUCAAUAUCAUCUUGAUCUUUUUUGUUCUUUUACUUGUGGGACAAACAACGAUUGAAGGAUCUGAAAGAACCAAGACAACACAAUUAAUACGCCGCCAAAAGAUAGAUGCUGCUACUAUCAAAAUCUGUUCUGUCUUGGGUAGCAAUCCCAUCUUUUGGAUGUGGCCACAAGGUACACCAGGCAAUGGUCUACAAUACGCUGUGAAACCAAAUACAGAUCCUAGAGUAGUCUAUGAACUCGAUCCCUAUAGCCAAACGGAAGAAACAACAACAAAACUCGUACGCCGUGAUUCAGAAGGCUAUCUUGUAAGAGAAAUUACUAUGGAAGAUAGAAUGCAUAUGUUGCAUCAUCACUUGGAAGAUCAAGGUUUUAUUGAGGCCUAUUCUGAUGAUGAAGAAUUCGACAAGAAAAACAAGUGAUACAAAAGUUUUUAUUUGGUUUAAGCCAAUCAUCUC